AUGCUAAACGCUUUCGAGGGAGACUGCCAAAGAGAUAAGGGUCGCUACACGUAUGGACCAGAUGAGAACUCUGGUGGAUACCGCACAAUGACCUCGUCAAAGUCACUCAAGAAACUUGAGAAUUUUGGACGACGAGGGGACGAAACGAGUGGAAGAGAUCCCGGGGCAUCACGCCCAGUGAAGACGGGCUAUCUAAGCAUCUAA